AUGACCCGCGUCACCACAGUUGUCCUGGCCAUCUGGGCUCUUACCACCGACGCUGUCCAGCCAAGCGCGGCGCAAAAGGGAUGCACGACAACCACGACGACGACAUAUUUUCGCCAGUCAACAUCGCCGUACUGGCCCCAAUGCUCGUUUGACGGCACGCUGCGCAUCUACAGCUCCACAGUCACAAUGAAUGAAGCCGUCGACUGCCACGGAUGCGCUUACAUCCGGGCUGCCUCUGAGCCCAAUGUGCACUGCCCUGCCAAAAUCAUCGAGGCGACCGAGACGGAAAGCACACCAUAUACGGCUCACAGGACGGUUUGCGCUGCAUCUACAAGCCACCAAGUCGUUUCAAGACUAAAUAAGAGGCACGGGGAAGGGGAAGGCGAUGAAGAAGUGUCUGCAAUCACGCCAUGA